AUGCCUACAAAGGAGGACGGGCGACGAUACCCAGCCAGAAAGCGCAAACUCGAGACCGCUGGCUUCAAGAGCAAUUUAAAGAAGACAGCUCGUCCUCACCGAUUGCCAAAAGCAAAAAAAUCAGUCACUGUCUUAAGCCACAAACCUGAAAAUGAAGCAGAAUCGCAUGUACUCUUGCACCCGGAAACCGCAAGCUUCUUGCAGCUUCUGGAGGACGAUGCACACCAUUUUAUGCCAUUAUCACCUGUUUAUAAAUGCAGCGAGGAAUUUAAAUCUCAACGAAACAAAUGUGUCGUAGAGUUCCAAUUGCCAUUCAAAGAGCUGGAGAUCAAAAGUCUCGAAGAACGUCAGUGGGUGCGACGGCCGCCACCGUUCGGCAAGAUAACACGCUGUGUCUACGUUUCCACCAAAAUUCCCAUUGCUGAUUUUCCCGUGCACAAGUGUACAUGCUGUGAAGAAACCCACAAGUCUACGACCAAACGAACUACUAUGAUGGCCAGUGUCAAGGCUCAAAAGGAGCUGGCGACUAAAAGAAAGCACGUUGAUUCAAAAGAGCAUCAUGAAGUGGAUCGCAUAAUGUAUUGUGGAGAAGGCUGCUACAAUCGCAUGCUGUUUAUAAGUUGCUCGGAUGAAACGUGCUCAGCAUCCGACCCAAGCUUGUGCAGCAACCGUGCUAUUAAAAGGCGAGAAGUUAAGUCCAUACGAGUCGAGUAUAUACCUGGCCCUGGAUUUGGCCUCAUCGCAAAUGAGCAUAUUUUUGCAGGCGAAUUUAUCAUUGAAUACGUUGGUGAAGUCAUAGAUCAUAAAGAGUGCGAGCGGAGGAUGCUUGAGUACAAAAACAACGGCGAGGUCAAUUUUUACAUGAUGGAGUUAGAAAAAAACACAGUCAUCGACGCUAAAUACCGCAGUAAUGAAGCGCGCUUUAUCAAUCAUGGCUGCGAUCCUAACAGCGUCACGCAAAAAUGGAAUGUAGAUGGAAUCCAGCGCAUCGGAAUUUUUGCGCGCCGCAACAUUGCCCCCAACGAGGAAAUCACCAUCAACUAUAACUUUUCGCAUUUUGGCGAAGCGGCCGACUGCAAAUGUGGAUCCACAGCAUGCACUGGAAAAAUUGGACUCAAGCGGCCUAAAAUGUCUUUAAUUCAUGGUCGUAUCGCAGGAGCUGCGAAGACAAAAAAGCAGGUGCCAGUAAAUGAGGAGCCACCUGAGCUUAAGCGUUCCGUUCAUUUAUCGUCCUUGGCACUGCUCAAGAGCUCUCAAAUGGUCGAUAGUUGGUAUGACUACUUUGGGUUCAGCCAUCGUCGCUUGUUUCUCUGUCAUCGUACGCGUUGUGAUGGUGAUGGGAAAAAAAAUGAAGAAAAUGAUAACAGCGGUAACUUGCAUUGCAGUGCGCCAUCAACAAGUCCUGCAUCAGUAUGUUCCACAACAACCGAAGAGGAUGUGUCACUUUCACCACCACAUGCAACCCCGAGCAUCCUUCGUGAUAAAAAGUUACGCAAACGCAAUUGGUAUGAGCGAGUUUUAGCGGGAGAGCAUUUAUCUAAGAUGAAAACUAUACAUAGUUUUAUCUGUGGAGGAGUCUUCGAUUGGACGUCACACUUGAACAAAGAUGUUACAAUAGAGGGUGAUUUGCCUAUACGGAACUUCCACAAAUAUAUGGGUGUUUCGCCUACAAAGCAUAGCUUUUCCAUUCAGACGGGCACCGAAUCCAGGCGGGCAACGAUGAAAAUCGUUCAUAAGAGAUUAGGACUCUCCGAAGCACGAGCGCGCGGCAUGAAUGAACUCUAUGCUUUUGCUAAAGGCACUUCAAAGUGGAACAAACGCAUUCCAUCCUCCAUUUCUAUAGAUGCAGAUCGCAUUCAUCGUCUGAUCGACAACGUGAAGGGCAAGCAGAUCUUCGUUAACACCGAUCAGAAUGACCUGAAUGAAGAUGCGUGCUCUCGCUGCGGUCUAACAGGCGAAUUGAUCUGUUGCGAUGGCUGCCCUGCUGCCGUUCAUUUAAACUGUACAAAUCUUGCAACGGUUCCUCCCGAUGGAAUUCCGUGGUUUUGUUCCGAGUGUACGAAGCCAAAGCAUCAAUUAAAACUUUCGGAAAUAUCUUGUUCUGCAACUGUCACUGGAGAGGGUAAACGAAGUGGCACGCGUUUACAAAUUAAGUAUCCUAGCCGAUACCUUCGUACGCAUGUAGCACAUCAAGUUCCGAGCCUUAACAAGAUUUUCCAUGCUCCAGCACCUCAUGUUAAGCGCCGAUACAAAAAGCGGCAUAAACCUGCCGAUCGCACCUAUCGUGAGCUUGAGCAUAUGCCACUUCCCUUAUAUGACGGAAUUGGCGAUUCUGAGCAGUAA